AUGGUGUUCUGUCGCGUAGACGGUACCUCCAAGACAUUUAGCAGAACAGACCGUUACUUACAGGACGUCGAGUGGGAGACGAGGGAAUCAGGCGAGAUGAAGGGUACGAAAUAUACGCUGGAGGACCAGGUGGUGUUGAUUAGCGGCGGGUCGCAGGGUCUCGGUAAACAGUUCGCGGCCAAAUACUACAGGGAGACUGUCAACUCGAAGAUAAUCAUAGUGAGCAGAGGCGCAGAAAAGCUGGUAUCUGCGGUGCAGGAGAUCACAGAUGGCAAAGUGGAGCCGAAAGAGCUGGGUUUCGACGCUGAAUGGUCUGACAAGGAUAGAAUUGGCUACAUUCCGUGCGAUCUCUCGGAUCGCGAAGACGUGGCUCGUCUGUUCGAGGUGCUAGCGGCCAAGCAUAUCCAGUUGAGCCAGGUGUUGGCAUGUGCUGGCGGGUCUACCCCGAAGCUGUUCAAGGAUCUGACCGAUGUGGAGCUCGAGGCUGGGGUGAAGAUGAACUACCUUACGGCGCUGUUCCUAAGUCACAAAGUGGCGCAACUAUUCCCAAAGUGCCAUCUCGUGCUAUUCUCAAGUGAAACAAGCUUCUUUCCCUUCAUCGGGUACGCUCAGUAUGCCCCUCUCAAGGGCUCUAUCAAGUCGCUCACGUCGAUCUUGAGACAGGAAAUGCCAGAGAUGAGAAUCUCGUGUGUUUACCCCGGAAACUUCGACAGCGAGGGCUAUGCUGUCGAGGAAACUACGAAGCCCUCCAUAACCAAGGAGAUAGAGGGCGCCUCUGAGCUUAUCUCCUGCGAGGAGUGUUGCAACCGGGUUGUUCGCUGGCUGCACCGAGGCUACGACGACAUCACUGUCGACUUCAUUGGCUGGGUCCUCAUGAGCACGGACAUGGGGCUCAACAAGCACAACAACCAGUCGUUUCUGUGGUUCGUUCAGUUACUCAUCGGCACUUUUGCCAACUUUCUAAUCGUCCCAAUUUACAUGCUAAUUUGCUCGAGGAACAUCAAAAAAUGGCACAAGAGCCAAGACAGAGGUCUGUUGAAGAAACCACACGCAGCGGACGACGCUCAAUAG